CACUGUUUCGUAUGGUGUGGUCCACCUGAAAUUUUUAUGCUUUAUUUUUAGUAUCGUGCCUUAUAAUAAUAUUAAAAAACAUACGAACGGCGUGGAUAUGCAAUGAAUGCAUUUAGGUGGCUCCGUACGAUCAGAGUCUCACCCACAUCGCUGGUUCGGGUUCCCAGCCAAGCCGCGCUCGUCGUGAUGGGGUAAUUAAUACCCUGGCCAAACCCAGACGCGAGUUGUCCGUAGAGAGAGGGAGGGAGGAAGGGGAGAUGAAGCAGCAACAGCGGCAGAAGAAGAAGGCAUCUCAACCGUUCGAGUUUUGCAAGGUGUGCAAUCUGAACCAUUCGCAAGGGCGGGGCCACAUCUACUUCCCAUCCCACACCAGAUCCCUCUCCACCUUCCUCUCCCGCUUCAACUCCAAGCUCUCUGACGUUCUCUUUUUCCUAAAGUACCCUUCCCCUCUCCGACCCGAGCACUCCUCCCUCAACCGCAUCUGGUGCGUCUUCUGCGACUCUCUCAUCCAAGAACUCCACAGCCCCUUCGUCUGCGGGAAUGCAAUCAAACAUCUGGCGAGCGCGGAGCAUUUGAAGAGCGUUAGGGAUUUCUUCAGGAAGUACGGCGGAGGGAUGGACCGAGUCGACUCGUUUCGUGUCUCAGAGGCUGAUCUGAUCAAGUGGGAGAACUGCUGCAGCUCAUUGAGCGCAGCUCAAUCUUCGAGUGAAGGAUGUGUUGGAGUUUCGUUUGGACCGUCAAAAGAUAUCCACCAUGGACAUAGCUCUGUCAAUAAAGAUACAUUUGAAAAAAAUUCAAAUUAUUUUUUUAGAUCAAGUGUUUCAAAUGUUGUUCUGCCUUUACAAUGUCAAACGAAUGAGAGGCUUCAGGUAUCUCAUCCAGAAGCUAAUCAGGUUACAAAUGUUGGCCCUGUCCCAUAUGAUGCUACUCCUUUUCCGGUGGGCCCACCCAGAAGCAUGGAUCCCCUGGGAAUGCAGAUUACAGAAAAAACUUCCAAAAAUUUAACAGUGUACAUGGGAAGCCAUUCUACCCUCAUUGGCGACAGUCGAAUAGGCUCAAUUGCAUCUUCUCCCAGUAAUGGAGGGGUUCCAAGAAAUGAUAGUGGACGGGGCUAUACCCAAGUGUUGCAGAAUUCAACUCAGAUCCCUCGCUUUGGUACGGAAGAACCUAAAGCAAAUGUGCACAGUGGAGCUCCUCCUCCUUGGUUGGAAACAAAUGAGGAAACUGAUAUAUGCCUUGGGACAGGCAAAGGCCUGCAUGUGAAUAGCUCUGUUUCUCCCGCUAACCAGUCUGGGAAGUCAGGAAAGUUGAACCCUAACCGGGUGGGAGCAGCAUGGGCAGAAAAAAGGAAAAUUGAGCUUGAGAUGGAGAAGAGAGGAGAGAUUGUACCUAAUAGUUGUGGUGAUGAUUGGCUCCCCAACUUUGGUAGAGUUUGGCAAGCAGGUACUCGGAAGGAAUCGAGAAAAGAGUUUGAGACGGAGAAACAAAUUUUUUUCAAGGCUGAUAGUAUGUCUGAUUCAUCAAUCAAGAUAGAGCCAUACAUAAGCAAAAGAAUGAGAAUAAGAAAUAUUUUAGAAGAGUUGCGUGCAGAUUUCAAGGCCGGGCCAGCUCUUGUGCCAAGUUUAGGGGCCCAAGCAGUGACCCUAUGGGGCCGGGCUGCCAGGGCCAGGCCAGGCAGCCCAGCCAAUUGCCAACCCUAAGUGCAAUGAAAUGAAAUAUCAGAGAGGGAGGGAGAGAGAUCUCUAUAAGUGAGUACCGAUGAGACUCUCCCUCUAGUGCUCCACUGCUCAAAGGCCUUCUAUAUGGAGCUUCCAUGUCAUAACUUUUGGAAGGCUUCUCUUUACAGCAGUUUCCAAUCGCAAAUGAUGUUUUGAAACGAGGGAGUCGGAAGGACCUUGUUGAGACUUGUGCAUUGGUUUUCACAGCUAUCAGAAGCUUUUGGUUAUGGUGAAUUCUGUUUUGAAGUU